AUGGAUAAGCGCCGGUUGAACCUUAAGAUUCUGGCAUCCCCUGGCACAUUCUUCUCCUCUUCCGGCCAGUCAGAGGGCGAUCCUUUGUUGAAUUUGGGGAAACUGCUAGAAGUGUUCUGGCGGAUGACUCAGUCGACUCGCUAUCGACUCCUACUUGUUGGCUUUUACCUGCGCUUAUGGUACGGCGAGAAACGACGAAACCGAAAGAAUUGUGUCAUCCAUACCUUGGGGAAGAGUCAUUAUCAGUUUAAGGAUGGAGUAGGGACAAUUCCGUCCGUACCCGCCACUGACGCCACCAGUCGGCAUCUUCAACGGAAACCUUCCAUUUUUUUUGCCUCUGUUUACCGAUAA